CUAACCGUGUACCACAUCCCCGCGCUGAAAGAGGACUCGAAACCUCGCAAGGAUGCGGGACCGGCUAUCGUGGUACAUGGUCUUUCUGAUCCUGCCGACAAUUCUCCUGGCCAGGUCGCUCGAUAAAGACCGACGCGUACCGUACAACAUACCGUCGGACUGGAAAACAUUGUGGUUCAGCAAUCUGGAAGAACUGCAAAGAGUGAACGAAGCAAACGUCAACAACACCGUCUCAAACGUCACGGUACAGUUGGGCGGGACAGCUUUCUUGCAUUGCGAAGUUCGCAAUUUGGCAGACAGAACGGUGUCCGACGCUGAGAUAUCAUGGAUACGACGACGUGACUUUCAUGUCUUGACCAGCUCUACGUUCACGUACACGAACGACGAGCGGUUUCAAGUUUUGCAUCCCGAGGGCUCGAACAACUGGACACUUCAGAUCAAGUACGUUCAGGAGAGAGACAACGGGACGUACGAGUGUCAGGUCUCGAGGAGUACAGGGAUACUAUCACACUUUGUCAAUCUAAACAUAGUUAUACCAGAAGCAUUUAUAUUAGGGAGCGGCGAGCAUCACGUCGACGUAGGAUCCAUUAUAAAUCUCGUAUGCAUAAUAGAAAAGAGUCCAACACCGCCGCAGUAUGUUUUCUGGUAUCACAAUAAUCGAAUGAUAAAUUAUGAUACUACGCGGGGCAGCGUAACCGUACAAACUGAUCGCAACACGACUCAAAGUCGACUGACGAUUCAUCAAGCGGUGGAAUCGGACACAGGCAAUUAUACGUGCACCGCCUCAAAUACCAAGCCGGCAUCCAUCUAUGUCUUUGUCACAGAAGGUGACAAAAUGGCCGCCAUACAGCGCCGCAAGACGUCAGCCGCGGAGAGAAAUUUCUGUGAAUUGCUAGUACUAAUUGUCACCAUUGCGAUAGAAGCCGUUUUAACGCGAUAAGCGCGUUUCUCUUCGAUAUGUCCAUAAUUAUUAUACCGUUACUUCCGUUUGUGAUAGAUAGGCUACUAUUCUGCGAUUUUAACCCUCUAUUCACUAUCCUUCUUUCCCUUUGAAACUGGACAUCGUCAUGCCACCGCGUAACACCAUUUAUUUUACACCCACUACGUACAUUUGUUCUUCCUCGUGAGGGAUCCUUCGCAACACUUUGCUAUUUCAAUUUUUCCCAUAUCGUCCACGUAGAGUUCUCCCUUAUCUUUUUCUCUUUCUUUUUCUUUUUCUUCAUUUUCCGCCACGUUUAAUUA